AUUGGAGAGCGAGGGAGGAGGUAGUAGUGGUAGAGGGAUGAAGAGGUGAGGGAGAGAUUGUCCAGGGAUCGAAGACUGCUGCGAGGCACGCUUGUACCAUCUCAGCUCACCUCUCUCUCUCACGCACACACCCCAGUCUCUGAGACCCGGGCAUCUCUCUCUGACCAUGGACAUGUCAGCGCUGGGCAGUGGGAGCAGCUGUUCAGAGGAUUGUGUGCUAGGGUCUGGCUGUCUGGAGGACUGUGGGAACCAGAGUGACCAGACUGACUGGGAAUGGGAGGACUUCAGUGGGGCUGAGCUGGUGUGUGUGACAGCCGUGUGUGUGCUGCUGCUGGCCCUGGGCAUCACAGGAAAUAUGUUAACCAUCCUGGUAGUUUGGCUCCGGCCACACCUGAGAAGCACCACCUACCUCUACCUGAGUAGUAUGGCCGUCUCCGACCUCCUCAUACUGCUUCUGAUGCCUUUAGAUCUGUACUACAAGCUGUGGAGGUUCCGGCCCUGGGAUCUGGGUGAUGCAGUGUGUAAGCUGAGUGUGUUCAUCAGUGAGAGUUGUACCUACUCCUCCAUCCUCCACAUCACCGCCCUUUCUCUGGAGCGCUACCUCGCUGUCUGUCGACCACUCACAGCCAAGACCCUGGUCACACGGACCCGCGUCCGCACUCUCAUUGGCUGCCUGUGGGUUGUGGCCGUGAUCAGCGCCGGGCCGGUGUUUGCUAUGGUAGGGGUAGAGGAGCUGGGGGGAGGUGAGGGGGAGAGCGAGUGUCGCUGUACGGACUACGCCGUCUCCUCAGGCCUGCUGGGGGCCAUGAUGUGGCUCUCCAACCUCUACUUCCUGGUGCCGCUGGGCAUUCUGGGAGUUGUGUAUGGUCUGAUCGGCAGGAAGCUUUGGCUCCGCCCACAACGCAGCAGCCGAGACCGCGCCCAGCGACACACCAUCAAGAUGCUCGGGAUGAUCGUGCUGGCGUUUGUUCUGUGUUGGCUGCCGUUCCACGUUGGUCGGACGUUGUUCUCUGUGACUCUGGGCUCCAGCGCUGAUAUGUACUACAUCUCUCAGUACUUUAACCUGGUCUCCUUUGUGUUGUUCUACCUCAGUGCUGCUGUCAACCCUAUCCUCUACAACACCAUGUCAGCACGCUACCGCCACGCUGUCCGCAGCCUGCUGCGCUCACACACACCCCGCUCCCACCACCCCCCACUCACCCCACAACACUCUACCACCACCCUGUAACUCACACACACCCCGCUCCCACCACCCACAACACUCUACCACCACCCUGUAACUCACACACACCCCGCUCCCACCACCCCCCACUCACCCCACAACAAUCUACCACCACCCUGUAACUCACACACACCCCGCUCCCACCACCCCCCACUCACCUCACAACACUCUACCACCACCCUGUAACUCACGGACACACACACACACCCCGCUCCCACCACCCCCCACUCACCUCACAACACUCUACCACCACUCUGUAACACACACACACACACACACACAGAAAACCUUGGAGAUGGAUGGAGGAAUAAGACUUUGUUUAGAGGCACAUUGUCUUUAGUGAGACAUACUGUCAGAUUUAUUGUAUAAUAUUUGGUUCAUAUAUAUUUGCCAUUUCGAUGACUGUUGGUUCUAAACCCCUGAAGGUGUGUGUGUUCUCAGAGUGAUGUGUAAUAAACUGUAAUUCCAGCC